GGACAACAGAUUUACUAUUGAUAUUUAAACAAACUUAAUUUGUUGAUACAUAAACUAAUUGAUGAGUGUAUUUUAAUUUCUAAAACAAUGUUAUAUGCAUUGUUUGUUAUAUGUGAUACAAUUAAAGUGACAAAUUAUUUUUUGACAAUAUUUUUUUUCGAUCCCUCUAAAUUUACAAGUAUUAUUCAAAAUGGGUGAUAUCAAUUUAUCUGAUAUGAAAGCUACAUAUUUUCCACCGUCCAUAAAACCUGUGUUCAUGGGGGCUCAUCCUCCAGUGAAAACUGGAUACGGGUCACUGGUGGACUCUUCACAUAUAACUUAUUUCCAGAAUUACCGAAAUGAGAAUCUCUCCAAGUUCCAGAUGCCCCCGUACGAAUGGGGUUUUAUGAACACACCAUACACCCCACGACCAGAUAUCGCUGUAAGUAGCGGAAAGAACAAUGGAAAAUAUCUAAAGCUCCCGCAGCCUCAAUUUACGAUGUUGGAUCCCGGAAGGCAGCAGGAGAUUGACGAUUUCUAUAAGGUAAGCCAGUUGCACAGAGAUCAAUAUAAGGAUCACUCAGGGCGUUUGCACCGGUUGGAUUACUUUAAACUAAACGAUUACAGAUUCCAAUGUCCAACGGAUCCAACGAGCACUUAUUUGAAGAGUCCCCAAUACUACGUCAAAUACAAAGACCCGAUUGUGCUGCCAAUCACUUUGGACAGAUCCUACCGAAGUCCGAUGCUUCCCAACAGAGCCCUCACAGGACGAUACUCGCCCCAAAGCGACAUCAGUUAUAAACGUUAAAUAAAGGCACUAAAUAUAUAUAUUAA